GAAAUGUUCCCCGAAACGCAAUUAUAACAACCACAUAUCUCAUCCAUAACUUGACGCUCACAAAAUGGACAAUGAUUUCAAAACCCGUAAACAAGUGAGCGUCGAUCAGAUGAGUGGUCUGCUGGAAUUCCUGCAGAAGCAUCCUGACCUGGCGAGGGGGUUGGUGCGGGGCCGGCGGGGCAAGUUCCACUCGCUCGAUCUGUGGAACCGAUGCGCAAAGAAACUGAAUCCUAUCAAAGAUGGCGCUUUUAAAGAUGGGAAAGGUUGGUCAAAGUACUGGUGCGACUGGAAAUACCGGGUCCGAAGAAAGGCGUUGGAGCUAAAAGCUGCCAAAGACAACCACUUGCCGCCCCCUGAGAACAUCGUACCUCUCUCGCCGAUGGAGGACUGCAUCUUGGGUUUAAUUGGAGACGGGGCAGUGGAUUCGGUGGUCAUCAAGUCGGAUCCUCUUGCUGAGGAAGAUAUUGGAGAAGAAACAGAUGCGAAUGAAAACAACGAAAGUGGUUCGUCAGUGAAUCUGUAUUACGACUGCACCGCGGCCUCAAGUACCCGAACAACCAUGUUCACUUGCGCUCGUUCGGCAGCGGAGGCAAAGCCGCCGCCGAGGGGCCGCAAGCGCCGACGCGAGCCCGAGGCGCCGCAGCCGGCGGGCAGCGCGCCCGGCGCUGCUCCGGGACGGGCCCAGCGGCUGCGGGCCAGCGCCGGCGAGGCUGCUGAUUCUGACCAGGACGAAGAGGUCGCUGAGCUGAUCCGACUCGAAAAAGAGAAGGUGGAGAACUCCAAAAGAAUGACAGAGACGAUGCACACCAUCGCUUCAGAGUUAACUCGAAUAGCCGACGUCAUGACGCACAUCAGAGACGUCUUGUUCAAUAACAGGGUCAACGUGUCAUAAACAUUUUCUUGAUUUUAAUUUAACAGAUAAGUACACUUAUUUAGCUUACUGAAUAACCUAGUCAAUUUUUUUUAAUCAGCAUUAUGUGGGUUUUACGAGUACAAUGUAAGCAACGUAAUAUAGAAAGUGGGUCGGUUUUGUAUCUCCUCGUUUUUAUUUUUCGAAUGCAGCGUCAUUACAAUUGCAAAACGAUUUGUAUAAUAGCUACAAGAUUAUGUACGUUACCGAAAGUGUUCAAAGUAAGCCUUUCUGUAAAAUACCUAGACAGUACGUGUCUAUUCUUGUCAUCGA